GAAAACUGGAAACCAUUUGAUAGUGUAGACUUUCCUGAAGAGGAUGCUGCAGAAUAAUUGGUACUUCUAUUAGGGACAAUGGCGUUGAGCUAUUUAUCAGUAUUACAAGUGAUAUUUUUUCUUGCAAAGAACACUGCUGGAUAUUCUUCAUAUUUGGAACCGUUUUUCUUUUUGUGUAAUUACCAUGGCAACACAAAUGACCUUGUGGCCGAGAGAGGUGAAGUAGCUAUAAGUGUUUCUGUGGGAGGCGACCCAGAAUACUACACACCUGGGGAGUUCUAUAAUGUGUCCAUAUCAUCAAAUCAGAACUUUGAUGGCUUUCUCAUGACGGGGUUGUACACAAUGAGCAGCAGUGCUAGGACACGCCUGGAAAGCCUUGGUUACCAUGGUGAUGCUUUUUCUGCCCAAAACCUGAUGUGUUCCAUCGUCCAUAGCCACAUCUCGCCGCGCCCAGGCCAUCAGCUCUCUUUCCUCUGGCUGGCCCCAGUGGCAGGGACAGGCUGUGUCAGCUUCCUAGCUACAGCAACACUUGGGCAUCAGAUGCUGUUCAAGGACACCACUGUGCUUCAGUUAUGUGAAUUUGGAGCUUCAGCUGAACCUGAGAGACCUGACACGGUCGGCAUCAAUACCGACAGCUACCUACUGAGAGAGAGUUUUGACACGUCUUCUAACUUUGAUCCAAAUAUUUGGGCGUCCCACGAUGGCACCUCUAUCAACAGUGACUGCGGUCCUGUCCUUCACGGUGACUCGGCUCUCUUCUGUAACAGGGAUGGAUCUCGCAACCUAAUAUCUGUACCAUUGAACCUGACAUCUGCUGCUAUUCUUCAAUUUACAAUCUCUGCUGGAAGAUGUGGGGGCAUUGCGUUUGAAGAAGAAGACAUCACAGUCUCGCUCGGUAUGAACAACUGCAGGGACUGGGUUGUCAUAGAUACAAUCAGUGCCCCUGAUGGACCGAAGCCCGAGACGCAUCUUGUUCACAUCCCAGUGAGAGGUCAGCAGGACGAUGUGUGUAUCCGCUGGACACAGGAGCCGCCAACCAUUCCCAGACCAAGUCCGUCACCGCAGACCAUUCCCAGACCAACUCCGUCACCUGAUCACAGCCCAUUGCUGCAUAUUCCACAGUCUGAUGGACCCGCAGACAGCAAUGAUACCAAAACAGUGGGAAAAACAAAGUUCAAAACCUACUCUAUCGGAGGACAUACUGUGACUUUACGAAGUCUCCGUGGCGAUACACCGGAAACCACAGAUGCGCCUGAGGCUGGAGCGGUGACGGAGGGUACAGAGGAGUAUCCACCAGCUGGCGAGGAAUUGCCCAAAGGUCCAUUUAAGUCCUGUUGGGCUUUGGACAAUGUCUUGGUGGUCAACACAGCUAAUGCCCCCUUGGUCAUCUCUGAAACCUUUGACCCUGUAGAUCCGUCUAAUUGGCUCUUCUUCCCUGGAGCCAAUAUUCAGCGUAAGUGUCGGUCAGAGGACAACUCGAUGUACUUCAGUAUGGUGAACCAGACAGUGAACUAUGUUGUGACCAGAGAUAUGGACCUCAGCAUUGAGGACCUCUCCGAUGUCAUGCUGGAGGAAGUUUUUGAGCUGAAACAACAACCAGGGUGGGACAUACAAGGGGGUCUGCCUGAUGUAAACUGUGGUAUAAUUCAUGAAGGGAACUCUUUAGUGUUCAGCAGUAAUGGAGAUAGAAAAGCAUGUACACCCUACAUGGAUACAAGAGGAGUUGGAAACCUACGAUUUUACUUCUCUAUGGGAAGUGGAAGUUGUCACAUGACAGACUCAGAUGACGUCCAUGUGCUGUUGUACGCCGAGAACAUUGCAGGUCACACGAUGACGCUGCAGAAGCUCCUCCCUAGCAACCACCGGGAGGCGAGACUGAUGUCAGUGCCAGUGGAGGGAGAACUUAGACAGAUGGAGGUACGGUUCUGUUGGAUCCAGAAGUUCCACAACGGUGGAGGUCAGGAUGUUUGGGCCAUGGACAGUGUCCUGGUGUUUCCUGUCACCCCUCAAGGUUUUGGCCGCAACAGGGACAAAAUCGUACAGUUUGGGAUCAACAUGGGGUGUGCUACUGACCCAAGCUCAAACAGGGUAGACAUGCAGUACUCGACAGAUUUGGGACAGACCUGGCACAACCUCCGAACACAGUGUUUACACGGCAGUUGUCAAGGCAACUAUCAGCCUGUUGUCUCUUCCUUCUCCUCGGACGAUUACCCCAGCUGGAAGAUGGUCACUAUGCCAGUGCCCUAUGUUGCCAUGGUACCACACGUGAGGUUACGCUGGAUACAGGCACAGGACGGGGCUGCACCAAACUGGGCCAUUGACAAUGUGUAUAUAGGUGAUUGUCCAGAGGGAUGUCAGGGCCAUGGUGUGUGUACAGACGGCACAUGUAGGUGUGACUUUGGCUACGAUGGCCCUACCUGUGAGGAGACUGUUGUUCCAAACCCUACAGAGCUGAUGGAGAACUUUGCUGACCAGUCUGUACUCACUUCCUCCAGUUCUUUAAAAACCAAGGGAGGACAGCUCAGUUAUGUGUGUGGAGUGUUGUCAUCAGAGAAAGCGUUGGUCUUCAAUCAAGCUGGUCCAAGGGAGAUAAUUACCUCAGAGUUCAACACAACACAUAACAGGUACCUGCAGUUCUAUAUUCGAGUUGGAAGUCAGUCUGUGACAUCACUCUGCCCACCACCGGACCGGGAAUCUGAGUCUGUCAUCCUCGACUACAGCUGUAAUGGAGGAAUUUCCUGGCAUCUCAUCAAAAUCUUCCGCCCUUCCGAAUUCAGCUCUCCGAAAUCAGACAUGGUCAUGUUACCAGAGGGAGCCAGGGGAACGGGCUGUCAGUUCCGCUGGUGGCAGCCUGAACAUUCUGGACGGGGACGGGACGUGUGGGCCAUUGACAGCCUCAGUCUCAACAGCCAUCUGUUCAACACCCUCACCAUGGAGAUGAGGGACUCAGCCAAUGAUACAACACCUCUUAUAGCCAACUUCGGCAAAAUCUCCGACGGUUACUGUGAUAAACGAAGGUCUAUCAGUUUUUAUGACGCACGUGAGGACGGAGACCAGCGGUUUCUGAUGACCAGAGCUAUGCAUGUGGGGCCUUCCUACAUCCUCCAGUUUGACCUUGUCAUGGGUUGUCACAUCAUGUACAGUGAUGGCCUUGACAAUGACCUCUACCUGGAGUUUUCCGCGGACCAUGGCCUCAGUUGGGGGCUAGUUACUGAACCAUGCCUGCCCCCAAAAUCUUGUGUUAUCUUUACAGAGGGGACAAUUUACAAGCCUUCCAAGUACACAGCUUGGACACAAGUAACUGUGCCCCUCCCUCCUGCCACAUGGGGCCCUGUGACCAAGUUCCGUCUCCGCCAGCCCGACUGGAGCCCGACAGAUUCCUGGGGAGUGUCCAGACUCUAUAUUGGUCAGCAGUGUCCGGCCAUGUGUAGUGGACAUGGUCAGUGUUCGGAUGGAGUCUGUAGAUGUGAGGAAGGUUUUGUUGGGGAAAACUGUCAUACAGAGGAGGGCUGGCAAUCCUCCAUGCAGGCAGACUUUGGGAUAAGAUACGAGCCGGACAGUGAUUUUUUGAGUAUCCUCGGAGGAGAGGUGAUCAAUGGCAGAAAAGGAUGCGGAACUCUUUUGUCUGGGGAGUCCCUUUAUUUCUCAGGGAAUGGAGUGAGAGAGCUGCGGACAAAGGACUUUGAUACGAGGGAGAGUGACUACCUCCAGUUCUACCUAAGAAUCGGAGGAGGCCUACCAGAUUGUUCAGGGUCAGAGACACGUCAGGAAGGGGUCAUCCUCCAGUUCUCCACAGAUGGGGGCACCACCUGGGAGCAGCUCAUGGAACUAGUACCAGCCGAGUACAGGAAACCCAAGUUUGUACAUACGGUGCUGCCACCAAAGGCAAGGUCACCGAAUACUCAAUUCCGUUGGUGGCAGGGCUCUCACUCGGGAGGUGGCCAGGACCAGUGGGCUAUCGAUGAGAUCAUGCUAGGCAGCUAUGACCACAAGACAAAGAUGGAGGACAACUUCAAUGACCACCUGGAUGUUCUGGACUCCCAGGUGUGGUCAACUGUGACGGAAGGUGUGUUGGGCAAGUACUGUCAGGCACGGGACCCUGCCCUCAUUCUAGCCAAUCAGGAGAACGAUAAAUUUGCCAUCACGAAAGACCUUGACCUUCAAACUGGAGAUGUUAUACAGUUUAGGCUCAAUGUUGGUUGUAGUAACUUGUUCCGUCUGGACCACCCAGUACUAUUACAGUACAGCCAUGACGGUGGCCAGACCUGGCGCUUACUCAUCGAGCCAUGCUACCAGGAGAUGGACUGUAGUGAGCACACAGAGGGUACCCUAUACUUCUCCGGUCCCCAUGGUUACUGGCAGACCAUGAUCAUACCCAUCUCACAGGCAGUCGCCAUGCAUCCAGUCCUUUUCCGCUGGUGGCAGCCCGGAGGGUACGCCCACAGCUUUGCCCUCAAUGACGUGUACAUUGGCCCCCCCUGUCCGGAGAACUGUCACCGAGAGGGUCUAUGUAGUAAUGGUACAACAUGUACAUGUAAUGAGGGAUUCCUAGAGCCAGAUUGUCGGUCGCCAGAUGAGACCCCUCAUGGCCUAUUGGACUGGUUUGACAACCAUCACAAGCCUCGUAACAUCUGGAGAAGGAUUAUGGGAGGAAAGCUUGGUCUCGGCUGUGGAGUGGUGGAUUAUGGGAAUGCUCUGUUCUUCAAUAAUGAGGGUACACGGGAGGCUGUGACAGUGCCUCUGAACACUACCUUUCUCAGGAUGCUGCAGUUUGCCAUUCGCAUUGGUAGUGACGGUAGCUCUUCAAACUGCCACCAGCCCAACAGUCGAAACGAGGGCGUGGUGGUGGCCUUCUCCACCGAUAAUGAGGUCACGUGGCACACACUGAAGGUCGUAGAACCUCGUAUCUACAACGGAAGCACAGAAAUUCUCACCAUCUCUUUGCCACCGGAAGCAAAAACAGAGGCCACAAUCUUUAAAUGGUGGCAACCUUUGGGCUAUGGAGCAUUACCAAGGGCCGAGUGGGGCCUGGACAGUGUCAUUGUGGGUGUGAACGAGACAAAUUCAGAUGGUUUUCAUGACGACUUCCAUUCCAUGACCCCUGACCCCCAGAAUUGGAUGCUGACAGAAAGUGCCAUUCCUAGGACCACCUGCAACUCUCAGGGAAAUGCCUUGGAAUUCAGCAGGGAUAAAGGAUUGCGGUUUGCUGUGACACAUGACUUCCAUGUGACACCAUCAAUGUUUCUCCAGUUUGACAUCGCCAUGGCAUGUGACUCACUGUAUGGGACGAUCUACGGUACUCUCUACAGUGUGGAGCUGGAGUACUCGGUAGAUAUGGGCCAGACCUGGCGACCCGUGGUGGAGGAGUGUACGCCACCGAAUUUUGAGUGCUCUGGCUACCACCUGUCCAGCGAGUAUGUUUCUGAUCAGCACCGCAACUGGACAAGAGUGUCUGUCUAUCUGCCACCGGGUGCUGUGUCACCAACUACACGAUUCCGAUGGAUGCAGCAUGCGUCGUCCCAGCGAGGAAACGUUUGGGCUUUGGAUAAUGUAUAUCUCGGAGAUGGCUGUCCAUGGCUGUGUUCUGGUCAGGGCUACUGUAGAAACAAGACUUGUGUGUGUGAUGAAGGAUUUGCUGGCCCUUACUGCGUACCAAGUACGCCCCUACCCAUGAUGCUUAGGGAUGACUUUAACACUCGUGACAUAAACACUGACAACUGGAGGGAAAUUUACGGAGGGGAAAACUCAGACAUCUGCGGCAAACUUGUCAGUGGACGGUCACUCACAUUCCACAAAGAGAACCUUAGGAUGGUGGUGAGUCGCGACAUUGACACCAGUAUGCUGGAUACAAUGGAGUUCUCCUUCAAGUUUGGCUGUAACGGUGAGGUGCUUGACUGGCCUCGGUCGGAGAGUGUGCUCCUCCAGUACAGUACCAACGGGGGAAUCACAUGGAACCUCCUCAAGGAGAUACACUACCAUAGUCACCAUGGUGCCAGAUUCUUUGGCCUUGACCUUCCUUACAAGGCAAGAAACAAUGCCACUCGCAUCAGAUUUUGGCAGCCGAAAAAUGGAGGUAAGAUGAGAUCCACCUGGGCAGUAGAUAAUCUGUUUAUCGGUCGGAUGGUUAUGAACCCCAGCUCAUUGACAGACAAUUUUGACACUCAGCCUCUUUCUGAUGUUUGGCUUUUUGUCAAUGAUGGAGAGGUUGGGAGUUAUUGUCAACACAAAACCAGAAGAGACACAGUUUCAGCAGGACAGUCUGGUUUGGUGUUCAGACGGGGCCCAGAUUCAGGAGAGCACUAUGUAGUAACCAAGGACAUGGAUGUGGGACCCAUGUCUGUCCUACAGUUUGACAUCAACGUUGGUUGUGAGGCAGAAUCUACAGACAGAUACCCUGUUCGUCUGGAGUACUCCCCCAAUGGUGGGAAAACAUGGCAUUUACUGGUGCCCAACUGUGCUGAAGUGUCGUCUGCUCGCUGUUUCGAUGUCACUCUCCACCCGUCCAUGUACUACGGAGGCACUUCCAGCUACUGGCGACGUGUCCUAAUAACUCUUGAUACUCUCUACACAUGUGGGUCCCUGAGGUUCCGAUGGUACCAGGGGUUCGUUCCGGACGAAGAUUUUGGCCCUGAGUGGGCUAUUGACAAUGUGUUCAUUGGGAUGGCCUGUAUGGACAACUGCUUGGGACAUGGGGAGUGUUCAAACACGAUGAUGUGUACAUGUGAUCCAGGUUACCAAGGCGACAGCUGCCAUCCAGCCAAUCGGCUUCCAGAAUAUCUCAGAGAUGACUUUACACAAACAGACUUUGUUUUCACUCGGACUGGAGGUGUAAACAUACCUCAUGAUCAGCCAGUUGACGAAACCAAGUGGUGGCUGUCGAGUGGUGGCCAAAUCAGUGAUGAGUGUGGCCUUCUUCUGAGUGGCACAAGUCUCCAUUUCAAUGCCCCUGGCGAGAGGAUGCUGGUCAGUAGGGACCUUGACCUCAGCAAUGUCAGUACAGUACAGUUUUUUCUGCGUCUGGGCUGUGAGGCCACACCUUUGACAGAUGACACUUUGCCUGUGUACCUCCAGUCCAGUAUCAAUGGCGGAGUGUCCUGGCAAUCAAUUGAACAGUUCGACUUUAACCAACACAGUAACAGACCAGCCUACUAUGCCCUACAUCUGCCAGAGAAGGCUCGCACCAACUCCACACAUCUCCGCUGGUGGCAGCCCUCGCUGGACGGGAGCUUUACCCAGAAUUGGGCCAUCGACCAGAUAUACAUUGGAGGUGAUGUUCAAGGGAUGCAGCCCCUUCUGGAUGAUGCUAUGACCCCGCGGGAGACAAGCUGGCUCAUGUACCCGGGAGGGGAAAUAGAACAUGUAUGUGGCUCUCUGGCAGAGGCAAUUCACUUCCAGGGUGAGGGACCAAUGAGAUACGCCACGUCUGCCGAUGUAAUGGUGGAGGAGGGAACGUUUGUCCAGUUUGAUAUCGCCAUGGGAUGUAGCCCAUCACUCGAAUGUUACAGUAUAGACAUACAGUACUCCCACGACAUGGGUAACAGCUGGAAGCUCCUACAGGCGCCCUGCCUCCCAUCAGAUAUAGACUGUGGACGCUUCUACCCUGGGAGUUCCUUGGUGUCCGACGUCCACACGGGCUGGAACAGGGUCACCAUACCCAUGCCUCACUAUACAAGGUCUAAGUCUACGAGACUGAUGUGGGUACAGGCUGGUUGGGCGUUAGACAAACAGCCAUGGGCCGUAUCAUACCUGUAUAUAGGCAAAGACUGUCCUUCAUUGUGUGGAGGUCACGGGCGCUGCUCCAGCUCUGGCUGUCUGUGUGACGAUGGUUGGACAGGUUUCGAGUGCAGUACACCAAUCAAGGCCCUUUCAACAUAUCUGUAUGAUACAUUCACCAACGGAAUUGACCAUACUCUGUGGUCAAAGGUCGUGGGAGCAAUGGUCACCGAGGGAUGUGAAGUCCUGGCUUCUGGUAACACCCUGCACUUCAUGGAGGAUUGCAGUCGACUUCUGAUCAGUCAUGACCUUGACCUCUCCAAUGCGACCAUGAUCCAGUUCUAUUUCAUGUUUGGAUGCAAUGCUGCCCCCGUCACUCGUAACCAGGGGGUACUGGUUGAUUACUCCACUGACGGUGGCUCCACCUGGACACCCAUCAUGGAACUAUACUACGCCCUUUACAGAUCACCAAGGUUUGUCCAUGCAGAUUUACCUGAAGGGGCUAAACGGAGGGCUGUCAGGAUACGAUGGUGGCAGCCCACUCACGGGGGUCGACCUGUGGGUGAUUGGGUCCUAGAUAAUGUCAGAAUCGGAGGUCAUAGGGUCAACCCAAGCAACAUGAUUGGUCAGUUCUCGGAUGAUCUGAAUGACCAUGAUUGGCUGGCAUCUGACAACAUGGUUGCCGAUGACUACUGUGGGGAAUCACAUGUUGCUAAGGGUACCACCCUGGUGGACGAGAACUCUGUGUUGACCACUCAGGAUAUCCACAUUGAGGAAAACUAUAUGUUACAGUUUGAGAUAAACGUGGGCUGUGGCCAGGAGUGGAAUGUCAGUGGCCCUCCUGUCCUCCUCCAGUACUCGUCGGACAGUGGUCUCCACUGGUAUAACCUUAAGCACCAAUGUCUGCCUGAUGAUCCCCAGUGUAACGGGGGGCCCCAAAUGUCCACCCUCUACUUCAGCGAGCCAAUGGGAAUGUGGCGCCGUGUCACUAUGAAGCUUGAAGGUCUUCCUGUAUCGAGUGGAACCCGUCUGCGAUGGACUCAGAAGGCAGAUCGGAGUGAGGGUGACACCCACAUGUGGGGGGUGAGACAGCUGUAUGUGGGCCCCCCUUGUGAGCAUCACUGUAGUGGGCGUGGCACAUGUAACACCCCUCAGUGCUCCUGUGACUCGGGGUAUGGAAACACAGACUGUAGCCAUCUCUACUCUGUUAAUCCUACAUACCUGAAGGACAACUUUGAGGGAUUAGGCGUAGACAUGACCAAGUGGUCAUUAGUCCAGGGCGGUCACUUGGGAUCAGGUUGUCACAGCCUCGUGGAAAACUCAGCCAUGGUCAUGUCCGGUCCUGGUAACCGACAACUUGUCACAGGUGACCUUGACCUUCGUAAUGCCAGGUUUAUACAGUACUAUGCUGUGAUUGGUGGAUCUGGCUCAGAACCAGGAUGUUUCCCUCCGACAGCUUCAGGACAUAGUGUUAUACUACAAUACUCCACAGAUAACGGGAUGCACUGGGACACUCUCCACGUCCUCGACUACGCCAGUUACCAGGAUGUAAAGAAGGACUACAUCCUCCUCCCACAGGGGGCCAGAACAGAGAGUACCAAGGUCCGCUGGUGGCAGCCGCUGUCGGGGGGAUAUUCACAGAGCGGCCCUCAAUGGGAGAUAGAUGAGGUCCAUAUUGGCGGAACCGAAAUCAACCCCAGUGAGAUGCAGGUUUCCUUUGAUGAUACAGAUGAUCAGGACAUACAGAGUGAUGCCCCUUGGGAGUUUACUCCUCACGGAGAAAUUCGAGAGCACGUGUGUACAACUGAUGGCCAUGCUGUGGCCUGGGACGAAGGAAAAGGCACCCGAAGUUUCACCUCGAGCCAAAUGAUCGUACAACAUAACUACAUGUUACAGUUCAAGAUUGUGGUUGGCUGUGAUGUUCAGUCUGAUGCCUGUGUGUCUCAUUCACCGGUCAAGCUGCUUUACAACAAGAAUCCAGCCACUGACCGCUGGGAGUAUGUCCAGCCCCUGUGUCUACCUGAUCUGAACGGUAUGCAGACUGAUUGCCGUCCGAGCCACUAUCACUCGGCCAGUGCAUAUUCACCUGAGGGUUACCCAGCCUGGACAUUGGUCACCAUUGACCUCCCUGAUACAGUGUACUCAAGUGCGACAAGAUUCCGAUGGCUGCAGGAGGCCACUAAUUCGUCAGCCUCAUCCUGGGCACUGGAUGAUGUAUACGUCGGGGAGAAAUGCCCUGGCAUGUGUAGUGGCAGGGGCGCCUGUCUGUUUGGCUCCUGUGUCUGUCACGAAGGUUACACAGGAUUUUCCUGUGAAAAAAUUACCAGACAUCUUAUAAGGAAGAUGUCGGAUUCCUUUGAGGGAGGUGUGUUUCCGUUUUACUGGGAUACCAUCACUGGUGGGGGGAUAGGGUUCGGAUGUGGGGCUCUGCUACCCUAUGCCCAUGGAAAAACUCUCUACUUCAACGAUUGUGGCUUAAGACAGAUGGUUACUGUGGAAAUGGAUCUCCGGAGGGCAAGCAAAUUAAUGUUCGUGCUACAGAUAGGAUGUCGAGCCCAAACCUCCACGUGUAACGUAAAGACGGGUACAGGUGUCCAAUACAGAGGGGUAUUACUACAGUAUACCAAAGACAGGGGAACACAUUGGAAGCUUCUAGCUAGACAUGACCCCGAAGAUUAUCUAAAUCCCAAAAGAGCAGCAUAUACUCUACCCGAGGACGCACAGGACAACGGGGUACAGUUCCGUUGGUGGCAGCCUGUGCAUGACGGAGAGGGACAUGACCAAUGGGCAGUCGAUCAUGUAGAAAUCAUAACAAAUCAUAAUUCUUUUUCAAGAUUCAGACGAAGUAAAUGGAGAGGAGAGUGAAAAUAAACUUUCAGUGGAAACAAUUGUUUCUGCCUGUACGUAAUGCAACGUGAAAGACAUUUGUGUCGGAGACUCUGAAAGGAAAUUUCUGAAAGGCUUGAUUUUGCACAGCCUUAGGUUGAAGCUUCCAUGGUAAAACAAUGUAUAUAAAUGCUGGAAACUGUCUUGAGACGAACACUUUGUGGUGAAUUAGGGACUAAGAGACAGUAUGAUUGUGGUCUUCUGCUACAUGAGACCUCACCUACCUACAUGUACCUGUAUUCUACAGUAACAAUGCAGUAAGGCACUCCAGACCUCACACCUACAUGUACAUGUACAUGUAAUCUCCAUACAGCCAAAAAUAUCACAGUUCCAAAACAUCCAGAUGACACACACACAUACACACACGCUCUCAUACAAAGGUAUAUACUAAUACUGUAUUGGCAAUGCAGUCAAACACCCUUGACCUCAAAAACCUACUAAUGUGCUAGUUUCCUGUUAGUCAAAAACACCAGAUCUAAAACACAUACAUGCUUUCCACAGUCUUCAAUGUAGUCAAACAUCCCAGACCUGACACAACUAUCUGUGUGCAAGUAUCUCAUUGCAGUCAAACACACCAGAUAUAAAACCCAUGCAUGUAUGCCACAGUUUUAAACGCAGUCAAAUGCCCUUGACCUUACACAACCUCCUGUAUGCCAGUUUCUCAUUGCAGUCAAACACACAAUACCAAUACAUGUUUACCACUUUCUUCAAUGCAGUAAAAUAUCAUAGAUCUCUCACAACUAUCUGUAUGCCUGUUUCAGUGCAGUUAAACAAACAAGACCCAAACCCAUACAUGUAUUCCAUAGUCUUCACACGUUCAAAUAGCCUAGACCUUGCAAACUACCCGUAUGCCAGUAUUAUACCACAGUAAAACACACUUCACACACACCUACCCAUGUACUAGAGUUCCGAUCUUGUCAGAUACUCUAGCCCCAGCUCAAACAUUGCGUCGCUCCAGCAGGGAACAUGUUGCUUGCAUGCAUGAUACUCAUCAUGAUGUCUCGCAGCAACUCCGGUAAAGGUCAAAGGUCACCAGGGAUCUGAGACACUACUGCCAGGCUUUUAGUCAAAACACUGAAAUUUCAUUUUUGGAAAUCAAACCAUCUUCACUUUCAUUAAGUUUUAAGGUAGGGUAUUCACAUACAUUUUAAACGAUUGUGAUAUAUUUAAACAAAUUUAUAUAAUAAUGCUAAAUUUUCCUGAUGUGACGUUUCUACUCACAAAGAGUUAAAUUAUUGAAAUAAUAAUGAACUAGAUCUUUAGCCUAAGAGACUUACAAUGCUAUGACAGGUGCCAGAAUAAUAAUUUUAUUAUGGCCCUAUGAUAGAUUGAAUAUUGACCAAUCAUUAAAUUUCUAAUAAUUUGAUAAAAUAUUUUUGUUUAAAAAUGCAAUUUCUCAAAACAUCUACUGAUGUUAAGUUAUCGCAAGUAUACAGAUCAAUAAACACACUGUCAAAGGUAUUUGCUGAAGUUUCUAUGUACUUGCAUAAAAUAACAAAUUAAAGAAAGAAAAAAAUAAUAAACACAUAUUGCUAUCAAAUCAAUUUUCACAGACAACAAAGAAAUGUGUAAAUGAAAGGUUUCAGGCAUCCAGAAAAUGUUCGCCCCGCCCAGAUCAAUGUGUUUCAAAUACAUGAAAAUUUCAGUCAGAGCAUGUUAUUGUUGAUUGUUUUUUUUAUGAAUAUUGCCGUUAUUGCAGACAGCACACAUUUCUAUAAAAAAAAAAAGCUAUAUAGGUCCAAUAGAUAGUUUUGAUUGAAGUUUGCAUGAUUCAGUUCAUGGAAUAAAAAUGACAUGCAAAGUCUUGUUUGAAUAGAGCCAAAACGGUCUUGUCUUUCUCAAUUUGUAUGGAGACUAUAUAUAAGACUUUAAUGAUGAAAAAAAAUGAAGUCUAAAACUGUAACAUGUAUGUGUAAAGGAAACGUGAUCAUCGAUAACUGAACGUUUUCAUUGAACUGAUGUUCACUGCUGCUGAAUAAUGAAUUACAUACGAUUUUUCUUAGAUUAUAAAGAAAUAAGUUUUGAUAAACAAUGAAAUUAUAGCGUUGUUGAUUUAAUGACAAUAGAAUAAGUACACAAUUGUUUUGAUGACCAUACUAUUAGAACGCUGUUGUUUGAUGACCAUACUUUUAGAACGCUGUUGUUUGAUGUCCAUACUAUUAGAACGCUGUAGUUUUGAUGACCAUACUAUUGAUGACCAUUAAAAAGGUAUGCUUGUGUUUAAUGAAAAUGGAAUAAGCACAAGGUAACCUAGAAGACAAUGAAAUAUCCUUGCUGGUCAUUGAAAAACCAUGUAAUAAGUAACUGUUUCUAAGGUGACAAAUAAGUACCUCGUUGCUUAAAUGACAGUUUAAGUAAGGACGCUGUUGUUUAAAUGACAGUUAAAAUAAGCACGCUUUCGUUUAAAUGAUAAUGAAAUAUGAUUGCUUGGAACGACAAUGCAUCAGGAAACAUUUCCACAAAUAAAAAUUGCAUUCUGAUGAAGUUCAUUUUCAGCAUUAAAAAGUACAAUGCAAAAAUGUAUUAUGUUGAUGCAACCCAAUUACCUGAAAUGUUCAUCUUAUCAAUAACAUAAUAUGGAAAUAUUUAACAUUAUGACGUAGUGCCGAAACACCUUACCUUACUUUUGAUCUCUUUAUCAGAAAUGUCGUGUUCAUUUUACUGCUUGCUUAUUUAUCGUUUCUACUGAAAGUCCUGAUAGUCUGCACAAUGUAGGUCGGUGAGGUUUUUUCAGGAACUCCGGCUUUCCUCUACCACCGAAACAUGGCACGUCCUUAAAUGCCCAUAGCUUUUCAUAGGACGUCAAACACAAACAAACCAAACCGGCACAAAGUUAUUAAUAGUGAAUCAAAUGUAACAGAAGGCAUGUUACUGCAGAGGAAGGGAAAACUCAUGAUCAUGAAAAUAAUUACCGAAUUAAUAACUUACCUGUCUAAAGGCUUGUGGUGUAGACCUACUCGGGCUAUGCUUGUUAUUUACAUUUUUCUCAAAACACUAAUUACUAACAUUCUAUACAAAUAGCAAGGAAAACCACAAAACAAUCCCAACCCAUAACGUCUGAUAGAUAGAAACGCAAACGCGUAACUAUAUCACCAAUCAACUACUAUCGUUUUCAGUUUUAACACUUCGUUUGUGCCACACAAGCCAUUCCAUGAAAGACAGUGGGAAUAUACCUAAUAUAUACACACCUUAAGUUGACCAAUAGCAAGAGAGUGAUGAGCAUUUAAUAGGUUGAAUGUGAGAGUGAAUAUCACAUAUUUUCAUAAGCGACAAUGCUUUUACCAUUUAGUCCGUCAGUUCGAGAUAUCAAAGUCAUUAUUUUGGUGUUAUGUACUUGCUAUAUGUCUCUUAUUCACAUACCCAGUGCCAAAUGUACAUUUUAUAUUCAAUAUCCCAAACUCCAUAAAAAGUGUAUGUGUCCAUGGCUUUUUUUAUUUGUUUAAUCAUGUAAAACAGAAUCGAAAGAAAAACAAUAUUCUUAUUGCCACGUCCGAUUUAACUGGUACCUUUAUGGGAUUUUAGCUAAUUGAAGAUUUUGUUUUUUAUCAUUGCUAUCUAGUGAAGUUUUCAUUUAGGGAAUUAAAAGACUUUAAUACAAACAAAUUUUCAUUAGGUUUAAAAGUCUUAAUGUUGCACACAAUUGUAUCAAAAUGUUAAAAAAUUAGAACAAGAAAAAAAGAAAGACAAAACUAUAAGAUCUAUAACUACAAAAUAAAAAAUCAACAAGAACAUGUAGUCAAUUUAGUACGAAUAAACAACAGUUUUGUUGAACAACCUACCUUCAAUGCACGUAUUUUGAUU